CUCAAUUUCGUGAUACGUCACCUUAAACAGCUUCUGGACGUCCGAUCUGGUUCUGCGCCAAACCUUUAGCUGCUGCGAAUCUCGACUGUCUGAUCCAGCCAUUCCUGCCGCCGCAGGACGCACUCAACGCCGCGUUCAAUCGGCCGCCACGCUCGACGCCACGGACUGGUGCAAGGCACAACCAGCGUUGGCUGGCGAGCAUCGAACGUCCUCGGCAUCAGCAGACAGAGCUGCCGCCAUCCACCGGCAUCAUGGCAGGCGUCGUUCGGCAGCCCAUCGACGAGGCGGCGUUCAGCAAGUUUGUCGCCGAAAAUGUCCCACAGAUCAAGACGCCAAUUGAGCUGAAACAGGUGAGUGAGGUCUCCUCCGAGCAGAGUCCAAAAGGGCGACGGGGGGGCCAGUUCCGCUCACCACCAGUGAGUGCUACGCGCAAAACAGUUCGGAUUCGGGCAGUCAAACCCGACGUACCAGGUCACGGGCGCCGACGGGCAAAAGUUUGUCAUGCGCAAGAAGCCGCCGGGGAAGCUGCUCUCCAAGACGGCACACAAGGUCGAGCGCGAGUACCGCAUCAUGCACGCGCUCGAGAAGACGGACGUGGCGGUCCCCAAGACGUACUGCCUGUGCGAGGACGAGACCAUCAUCGGAACGCCGUUUUACAUCAUGGAGUUCCUCGACGGCAGGAUCAUCGAAGACUUUACCCUCCCGGACGUGACGCCGGCGGAGCGCACGCAAAUGUGGCGCGCGGCCGUGGAGACGCUGGCGCGCUUCCACGCCGUCGACUACCGCGCCGUCGGGCUCGAGAGGUUCGGCAAGCCCGCGGGCUUCUACAGCCGCCAGACCCAGACCUGGAGCACCAUCUCGGUCCACCAGGAAGCGGUGCGCGACGUGGACACGGACGAGCAGGUUGGCCGGAUGCCGCACUUUGAGGAACUGGUGGGCUUCUUCAUGAACGAGAAGCUGCAGCCCAAGGACCGGGCCACGCUGGUGCACGGCGACUACAAGAUUGACAAUCUUGUGUUUCACAAGACGGAACCGCGCGUCAUUGGCAUCCUCGACUGGGAAAUGUCCACGGUUGGGCAUCCUCUCUCCGACGUGUGCAACCUCCUGAUGCAGUACUACACGGGGCGGCACGAGGGCGCGGCGCCGAAGUCGGCAGCCGGCUUCCUGCCCGGCCGCACGCCGGGCCUCCCGACGCUGGACCAGCUCCUCGGGUGGUACUCUGCCGUCUCGGGCUACGACCCCACGAGCGAGCUGAACUGGGGCAUGGCCUUCAACGUGUUCAAGCUGUCGGGCGUGUGCCAGGGCAUCGCCGCGCGGUACGCCCGGCGGCAGGCGAGCAGCGCCAAGGCCCAGGAGUACACCAAGACGUGGCGGCCGUUGGCUGACUUUGCGUGGCAGCUGGCGCAGGAGGCCAAAGGUGAUGACGGGCCGCGGCUGUAGAAUGCGAAGAAGGGGGGGAGGACGGCUGUGUUUCGGGGGACUCCAUGGCGGCCGGCCGGCCGUCCCCGGAGGAGAGGAAGCGGCUCUGGCGGCCAGUAUGCAGCGCUGGACCGUGAAGGAGACGGUGCUUUGAGCUCUCUCAGGUGACAGCCGGUCUUUUUUGGGGGGGCUGGUUUCUGUAUCUACUUCCUUUCGUAGAACCUUUGGGUGAAAUCAUGAGGAGCCUUUGUGAAAAUCAAGCGAGCCAUUGUAGGGCCGAACCUAGCU